CAGAUCUCUCACCAGUUCCUGUGCCCACCCGAGCUGUUUACAAAGCGUCGUCGCGCCGAGGGCGCCCAAUAACAAAACCACAACCAACAUGGUUCACAAAAUCCUAUUCUGGGCCGGUUUCGGCGUCGCAACACGCUUCAUGCAAUUGGGCAUUGAGAUGAGACCGUUCUUCCAGCGUGGCGCGUUAUGGGUGUAUCCCCUGUUCGCAGGCAUUGGAGGUUCUUUCGGGUACUGGAUGAAGGGUGUGGAAGACAGACAAGUCAAGCUGCUACGACAGCGGAAAGAGAUUAUAAUCGAGAAGCGGAGGCGGAGGGCAGAACGAGAAGCUGCUGACCAGACGGAAACCGCUGGUGUUUUGGCAUCGACGAGUUAGAUGUGAAUGGAAGAUAAUUGUCAGGAGGUACGAAGACGAUUUGCAGGUCACAGCAAGUCCGAAGCAGACACCAAUUGUACAAAGGCACGACUUUGAAGAUACGACGAAUGCAUUUUGUUUCUGCAUCUAGCAUGAUCCG